UACUUGGAGAAAUUUGUUCCAUUUAUGAAGAUUAUUUUAUUUUUUUUUUUUUCAUUCUAGACCGUUAGUUUCUAUAAGCAUUAUCGAAGAAGAAUAAAAGAUUGAAUUCAUUGAAGAAUGAAGCUCUUAGUGUUCUGCCUUCUCAUCGUAAUUUAUACUGUCUCCGCUUCUGAGAGAGGGUGUUACUCGCAGGUAGACUGUCCUGACGGCUAUUGUUGCACUGGUGGUAUUUCAGAAUGGAGAAAAGGAGUUUGUAGAAAAAUGGCCAAAGAAGGUGAACUUUGUGAUCCUUAUCCCCCAUCAACUGCAAAAUAUUAUUUGAGAUGUCCUUGCGUAGAAGGGCUGAAAUGCGUUAAGACGGAGGAGUUGCAACUAUAAAAUGCCAGCUUUCACUGUAAGUGACACAAAAAAUUUCAAAAUGUUGUAUCCACUAAAAGUCCAGUUUGCGUUCGAGAAUAAUGCCAAAAAUGAAACAUGCUGAGACUGCAGUAUGUUAGAAAUAAUAGACUUUCUGUUAUGUCAGAAUACUUUUUAAUAUAAGAAUAAAUAAAUGCUUUUAUUCUAAACAUCAAA